GUGAAGAUGGGCUUGCAUCUCACUUCUCCAGCAAUGACAAGACGACUGGACACUCAUUAUAUCUAAGGGCAAUUGCAAGCUCGGUGGGCCGUUUGAAUUGUGCCGCGGUCGUCGCCAGCCAUGCACGCGAUUCUCCUGCAUAGAUGGGAUAUGCGGGCUUCACCAGUGGCUACUGCAGCAUGGUGACUAAACCCAGACAUCAGGAGUGAAUUUGCGGAGACGGGCUCUGCCCAUAGCACCCUGGCCACGUAGCGAAGCCGUAUGCAUGGCGAUAGUAUUGCUGGAGGCGUCUCAUUGGUGGCUCGCCAUAUUGAGACUCCAUCCCGCCCGCCUGCAUUGCAGCCUUAUGCGGAUACAUUGGUCCAGCCAUGGCCACGACAAAGGCCCCAGUUUCGGCGUUGUGCGUUUUGGCUCUCACGCGACGCCGCUUUCUCACAAUCCCUCACAAUCCAGGAGGCUUUGCUCCAUCUGGCUGUAUUGCAUUGCGUGUUGUCACGGGUUCCAUAGCCGGAGAGCACGGGGGAGACGUGGGCUCAAUCAACGCAUGCUCUUUAGCAAAAGGCCACUCGCAGGCUGUUUCGAGCCCCUCUCCGCAUACCCUGAUUGUGGCCAAGAUAAGACUUGAAGCCUGAAGAAGUCUGGAAUCGCUGCUCCCGUAAUGCGCCGAGCAUCGCCGCGGC